UACAGGUCUAUGAACAUGUACAAUUCAGGGUGAACUCAGAAUGAAGCAAAAAAGCAUCUGGAAGUGCCGGAAGGAUCAGAAACGUGAGUAAACGAAUUAAUCUUUUGUUUUAAGAAAACAAAUUAUUAUUCCAUCAUUAUUGGUCCGAGUUUCAAUUUAAGGCUAAAGGGGUCCAUCUGCAUAUGCCAACAAAUGUUGCCAUAGGAAAGCACAAACGUCUUUUUCUUUGCUUGCUCAGGUAGCCCCAUCUGAUACCGCACCAAAUCCUGUCUUGAUUCAUUUUGCAUUAACCCCUUCUUCACAGCAUACGUAAACCGCACAUUUAAGCCCCCAACAUCUUUUUUCACCAAGAACAAAAAAACCCACUUCCUCAAUACUCAAAUCCAAAGAUCACCAUGGGAGAGGUGGAUCCAGCCUUCGUUCAAGAGCUAGAACACAGGCCAAAACAGGGAAUUAUUGAAGCCGAAGGUCUACCCAUAAUUGAUCUCUCCAUACUAAGCUCUUCUGAUGCCACCCCAGAUCACUCUCAAGCACUUGAGGGUCUUGUUAAGCAGGUAGGCAACGCAUGCAGGGAUUGGGGGUUUUUUCAAGUGAUAAAUCAUAGGGUGUCCAUGGAAAAGCGAGAAAAGAUUUUCAAUGCAUCAGGGAAAUUUUUUGCUCAGCCUCUUGAGGAGAAAAACAAGAUUAGGAGAGAUGAAAAGAGAGUGUUGGGUUAUUAUGACGCAGAGCAUACCAAAAAUGUUAGGGACUACUGGAAAGAGGUGUUUGAUUUCACUCCGCAGAAUCCAAUUAUAAUGCCUGCUUCACAUGAGCCCGAUGAAAAGGAGAUCACUAAGUUGUACAAUCAAUGGCCGGAGUACUUCAAUGCACUACCAAUCUGCCAUGACAGGGAAGUCUCUGAAGAUUAUGCUACUGAAAUGGAAAGACUUGCCUUUAAGUUGAUGGAACUUAUUGCCCUGAGUCUAGGCUUGCAACCAGAUAGGUUCCAUGGCUUCUUCAAAGACCAAACCACCUUCAUUAGGCUCAACCACUAUCCGCCUUCCCCUUUUCCUCACCUAGCUCUCGGGGUCGGUCGACACAAGGAUGCUGGUGGCUUGACCAUCCUUGCCCAAGAUGAGGUGGGAGGACUUGAAGUGAAGCGUAAAUCUGAUGCAGAGUGGACUUGGGUCAUGCCAACGCCAAAUUCUUACAUAAUCAAUGUUGGCGACAUUAUUCAGGUAUGGAGCAACGAUGCUUACGAAAGUGUGGAGCAUAGAGUGAAGGUGAACCCUGAGAAGGAAAGAUUUUCCAUUCCAUACUUCUUCAAUCCAGGACACUAUACCAUCGUGAAGCCCUUAGAGGAGAUAGUAAAUGAGCAAAACCCUGCCAAAUUUAGGCCUUACAAUUGGGGGAAGUUUUUGGCCAACAGAAAGCGUAGUAAUUUCCAAAAGCUUGAUGUUGAGAACCUCCAAAUCUUUCACUUCAGCGUAUCACAAUUAGCUGACUAAUAGACGGUGCAUUUCCCAUCAACAACUAAUAUUACUACACUUCCUGCAAAUGUCAUUCUGUAUGUAACCAGAAAAGGACUUCGAUUCUUGGUGGCAUGAUGCUUCUUUUCCAAGAGAUCCAUUUGUAUUACUAUGCAUAGAAGCUACUGAAAAAAAAAAGUAUGUUGCAGGUGUUGCGGUAUGAUAUCAAUUUGGACUAUAUAUUAUGUCA